UGAUCCUCCCCAGCACCCAAAAACCAGCGGGUGAUACGCCCCCGGGACCCUCUGCUCCAGGCUGGAUGGCAGGAUCUAGCCUCAGCUUAUUUAAAGUAUUUAUUUGUAUGUGUUGAGCUCUGGGGUUGGUCUGAGCACCCCCAGGGACCUGCAUGGCAUCAUGCAUGGGAUCCUGUGUGUGUUUCAAUACAGAUGGUGCCAAGGUCAUGUCUCGUCUAUGGGGGAACCUGCCCUUGGUGACAGGUAGCGGCUCACGCAUGUUCUGAGCCCCGGAUUUCCCAGCAGCCGGGUCUGCGCUCCCAUGGGGCAGAAAAUCCCUGCCAAGGGCAGGCUGUUGUGUGUCCCCACACACACCCAACCCUCCCCAUGCUGCUGCUCUUGCCUCGUCCUUGUGCUCCCCAGCUUGGAUUUUAAGCACCUUCAGCGGCUUGGCUGUGACCUGGUGACUGGGGAGGGCUGGGGCAUGGUGCCAGACCCCUCCACACCUGGCUGCUGCAACAGAUCCCCCCUCCCCACCGGUACCAUAAACCUCUUAGGGGCUUCUCCAAAUGAAGGGCUUGCAGGGGAGGUGCCUGGGGCUGCUGGCCCCUUCCCCAGGCAGGAGGUACAGGCAGCGUGCAGCCCUGAGCACGUGGGGUCCAGCAGCCUGCCUGCAAGGGCAUCAAACUCAGGCUCCAGCACCAAAGUCACAGCCUGCCAGGCUGCUCUUCACAGUGCCUUUUCUUCCUUGAUGGCUUUUGCCUCCACCUUAAAACACCAUUAAUUUGGUGCAGCACAUCCCCACCUCCAUCCUGCUUAGGUGGGCUGGGAGACUCACAGGUUCCUGGCCAUCAGAAUGCCCCCAGACUCCCUGUUUUCCAGGGGUGGGCUCCCCAAGUUGCCACAAAGCUCUCAAGCAGUGCUCGCUAAGGAAACUCAAGUUCGAGCCAGCAAUUAACACCAGGGCCCUGCUCUUUGCCAGAGAAGUAGCUGGUUCUGCCAGCUUCGUAGAAAACACUCCCGGAUCCCUGUAAUCCUAUUUGUUGCAGUCCAACUAAUUGUAAUUAGUGGCAGGGGCUGAAGUUCAAUUAAAGUGUACUGAGAUUAUUCCUUUUUUUUAAAUUGCUUUAGUGUUGGGAUUAAGGGAAGCUUUGGAGUGAUACUGUCCCAUGGACAGCAGGGCUGGUGGGCAGGGCGGGCAGGGGCUGCCCAGCUCCUCUUCUGCCAGAUUUUGGCCUGAUACACCCUCAGCCAGGCAGGGCUUGGGCUGCCCCCCAGGUAAAGUCAUCUGCUGUGUCACCAGUAGGGACAAGGCUCAGAGGGCAGCCCUUGUGCCAGGGUAGAGUCUGGCAGCAUCUGCAGGCAGGAGUCCUGGCAGCUGUACCCCACAGCCCACACUUUUAGGGCCACACUAUGGUCAGCACCAAGUGCAGGGCGCAGUCCCAGUGGUUUCAGCCAUGUGGGCUCUGCUGCUGGUAUUUCCUGGCACAGCCUGCCUGCGUUACUGCCUUGCCCUUUUGGGGUCAACCCACAAAGGGUGUUUAGAUCCCAACUCAAAUUCUUGUGGAGAGCUGGUCUGUGGUCCUGGGCAGGCUGGGGGUCCCAUCCUUGCCCUGGGAUCCACCUCUCGGGAAGUGGGGGGGUUACCCUGGGGGAGAUGUCUCGGCAAUUUGGUGAAAUGAGGCAGGAUCCCCCCACAGGUGGUUUGCUGCCCAUCCUGACACUGUCAGUCCCAGUGGCACUAAUCCAGAUACCCCCUUCCCACCCCCCACACUGGGAAGGACAUCAGAUUACCCCUUUGAAAAGAAGGGACAUAAAUAAUCCUAUUACCCCAGAGCAGGAUAAAUCUGCCCUCCCCUAAAAGCCACCCAGAGCGUCUAUAGGACGUGCACCAGCAGGAGCGGGACGGAGGGUCUCCUGCGGAGCAGCUCUGGCCUUGGGGACUGCAGCAGCUGCGUAAGUUGGGGGCUCUGCUCCGUGUGUGGGAUGGGAACUCAGUCCCGGUGGCACCAGGGCUCCCAGGGCAGGGCGUUGCUUUGGGGCAGGAACUGCUGUUUUCUCCCACUCCUGCAACCUGCAGCUGGGGACAAUGUCUCCGGCAUCUCCCCUAGCCAGGUCUAUUUUUGCCUGGGGCCUGUGCUUACCUGCUGGGCUCUGUGGCAGGGCCAAACCCCCUCACACCAAUGCUGGGGCCACCUUCUGUGCUGCAAAACUCCCAUACCUGGCCCAUGGCAUGGCUGCUGUUCUCAGAGGAGGCACGACCACAGGAGGAUGGAGCCCAUGUGCUGCCCUCCACUUACCCAGCCACCACGGCUGCCCACAUUCCAGCUCAGGUCCCAAGGGGUCUGCAGCCCAUGGUGUCCCCAAAACCCAUCCCACUGCAAACAAGGCCCAAGGGAUGCCUUGCUCCCACACCUGUGGCUGCACAGAUGCCAACCCACUGCAGCGCACACAGCUCGGUGCAGACCCCAGGUCAAGCCAUUGUGGGGGCUCCUGGCAGUGCCAGCAAGGGGCUCCCUGGGUGUCACAUCCACGCUGGGGUGGGGGGCAAGGGCUGGAGGAAUGGCCCCAAGGGGAGGCAGCAGCUCUGCUGCCCCCAGGGAUACCCUUCCUGCCUUUGGUGUAAGGGGAUUAGCAGGCUCUGAGCUGGGCUAAGUCAAGGUUGUAGGGAGGGGGCUCUCCUCUGUGGCAGCCUGGAAAGCCGACCAGUGACAGCUGAGGGGCCCUGAGGAAGGACAGGGUGGGAGCAGAGACACAGCGUGCUCGUGUGUGGUAGGAGAAGCUGGUGCCCCCCACAUCUCCCCUCCAUUAGGUGUGAGGAGCCAUCCUGUGCCAGCACCGGACCCGCAGGGACAACCACGACCCGGGGCAGGCUGCCAGUCCCAGCACAGCCAUGAGCCUGGAGCCCCCCAAGCCAGAGAUCAAAUCAGCCACGAGGGUGACAGGGGGACCCGCCACCCCCCGGAAGGGACCACCCAAAUUCAAGCAGAGGCAGACAAGGCAGUUCAAAAGCAAGCCCCCCAAAAAGGGGGUGCAGGGGUUUGGCGAUGACAUCCCAGGCAUGGAGGGGCUGGGAACAGACAUCACCGUCAUUUGUCCCUGGGAAGCCUUCAGCCACUUGGAGCUGCACGAGCUGGCUCAGUAUGGCAUCAUCUAGGCAGGCUGCAGCCAGCACUGCCUGCCCUGUAGUGCCGCAUAGGUAGAAGCUGCCUCAUCCACACAGUGGGGCUUAGCCUGGAGAAAUGCUCAUUAAAACCCAGAAC